AUGGAAUUUAAUUUUUGUACAUAUACAGAUCUUCCCACAAUCUCAGAACGAUCCGUUAUUCUGAGGAAAUCUAAUUCUCGUGUGAAAGCUUGUUUUAAUGUUACCGGAAUUCCCAAGCCUUCUCUCAAAAAGGAUCAACAAGCCAACAAAAUCGUUAACAGUUCUGUUGAAAUAGACGAGAACUGCAUCUUCUUCGACCAUGAAAACGUCAAAGAUGCCGAAAAAGUUACUGUGGUGGCACAAAACUGUUUUGGACAAUCAAAUGUAACCAUUAGUGUUCCAAACUUUCAAAGCACUCUAAAUCCUCAAAACGUUAAAUUAAAUACUCCUACUGUUGGUACUUCAAAUACGUUCGGUACUCUCACACCGUCAGAAUCAUCUCCUGUUUCUUCAAAUUUGAUCGGUGCAACGACACAAAGUACUUCAGAAGAAGAGAGCAAUACAAACUCAUCAGGAUUUCCAAUUUGGGCGUAUGUAAUUAUUUCUAUGUUUAUUAUCGUGGCGGUCAUAUUUUUUCUCUGUCUUAUCAUAUUUUAUGUUAGAAAGAACACAUCACACAAAGCAACAAGUCAACAUUCAAAUGAUGGAGGAGUGAAGUCAUCGAAUCCAACGAAUGAGGAGUCUAGCAAUGUCUAUGAAUACAUACCUAAUGACGAUCAAGUAAGGCAAGUGAGACUGGAGUCAUCUUAUGUUGAACCAUCCGAUUUUGCUAUUCAAGAAAAUCCAGCCUACGGAGCUGCAGUUUAAUUCUUCAAUUGGCGCAACAAUGUUGUUGCUACAGUUGUUUGCACUUCAACUUCAUUGGAUGACAAAACCCGUUUAACUAGUGCAGACCUUUUUCAGCUUAGGCUGUAUCGGAAGUGAAGUAUAAAAUGAUUAAAUGCAUUUUUGCAAAAAUAUAGAAAAAUUUACAUGUAAUACAAAUUAGGAGCUUGGACCGAUUGAAAUUUACGUACGUAAGAUCUAAAAGACAAUUUAAGCAGAAACAUAGAAAUAAUGUCAGAAUAAUUAAGUUAUUAACAAUAAACAUA